GAAGAUCCCGCCUUGCUCCGCUGGGCCUAUGCCAGGACGCAGAACGUCUACCCUACCUUCCGCCCCACGCCCAAGACGUCCUUCCUAGGAGCCGUUUUCGCCAUAGGCCCUCUGCUCUUCUGGAUUGCUGUCUUCAAAGCUGAGAGGGAUUAUAAAGAGAAGCUUAUUCAAGAGGGUAAAUACAACCGACCAUUCAGUGUGUUUUAA